AGACAUGUUAACCACUAAAGAAGAGACCUAACAGACCUAGUACUGGCUCCAUAAUGAGAGAAGUGCCACUUGGUUGAGAGGGUUAAAUAGUCUCUAAAUAGUAACUAAACACUACCAUGACGUCACUUCAAGGUUCACUGCCGGACUCAGCAAGUGGUCUGUGGAGAAUGGACCGGGAGUACGGGGUAUCCAACACACGUGUCAAACACAUUGUUAUACACGAGGCCCAUAUCAGAGAGUCACCUGAUAGACACGUGGUUUACAGAAUAGACGUGUUCACACAGGAGAGAAACUGGUGUGUGUACCGGCGCUACAGCGAGUUCCGCAAACUUCACGACAAGAUAUCAGACAGUUUCAAGAUGUUUAAAGGUUCCUUCCCUCCUAAGCAACUGUCUGGUAACCUAUCUCCUGCUAUUAUAGAACAGAGACGGAGUUCCCUGGAGCAUUACCUUCUGAAAAUAGUUAAUUGCCACAACCAGGACGUGUCCUCGUGCUCCACAGUACUCCGCUUCCUGGACCUGCACCACAACGACGUGUACUACGUCACCAGCUCCCUGUGCCGCUAUGUUAGGACGUUUGGGGAGGCGAUUAUAAAUGAGGGACACUACUUUGUGUUGUCUCCUACUCAGCUGUUUUGUGUUCACAAGAGGCUGAGGAUACCCAACAGUGAUGCUGACUACAAAGCUGACACAGUGUUUUGUGACCUGGGUUCGCUGUACGAUUUCCUGGGUCGACUCACUAAAGUUUGUAUUAAACCGGCUAGUCUCCAAGACCAGGGUAUAAGAUGUGAGAUUGCUCUUUUAAAGAAUGUCAAGGAACUUCAGAUCCAGACAUUCUCUGUUUCACUUAUUAAAGGGCUGGCAGCGGUUCAGUUACAGAUACAGCGCCUGAAAGCUACUCAAGCUCUCACUGCUAUGAAGGAUUUACUGAUUGAUUGUGUACUUGAAAGAAAAACCCAGCCCAAACAGCCAGCAGCGGAGAGAAGUGAGUCCAACACUAAAAUGAGGGACUCGUACAACUCAAAAAUGAUGUUCAACUCGUUCACGAUACACCCGUGGAUAUCACUACUUUAUCUAGACCUAUCUCACAAUUCUAUCCGACAACUUGACGACUCUUUCUCUCUGCUUCCCAACCUCCAGGAGUUGGAUGUGAGUUACAACCAGAUAGAAGUGUUGGACCUGAACUACAUUAACCCGGCUCUCACUAAAUUAGUGUGUACUCACUGCAGUGUCAUGAAGGUCAUCACCAAGACACACGAGAACCUCUCCGAGCUGAUCCUAUCAAACAACCAGUUAACUGAGCUGACAGGGUUUAACAAGAUUGUGAUGCUGAGAAAACUAGAUCUCCAUAGCAACUGUGUAACGUCUGUAGAUAAUAUUGCGUGUUUAACAGACCUACCUAGGUUACACGACAUCGCUAUCGCUGAGAACCCACUCUCGAAGAGCAGAUCGUAUCGUAACAAAGUUCUGUGCAUGUUCACUCAAGCAUGUAGGAGAACUGACAUCCUAGUGGACGGAAAAGGCUUUUCUGAGAAGGAGAAAAAGAAAGCUAAGAACACCCGUGUGAAGGGGUCGGCGAGCCAGGGCCCUUCAACACUGCCCUUCUUCGGUACUACUUCCGACCAGGUUCCCACUGCAUUCGCUCAGGAACCAUCGCCAGAUGAGCACCGCUGGAACACAAUCCUGCACGAUUCCUCGGUAGCGACCACCGAGAGCUCACACUCUGACUCCGAAGCAGAGCUUGCUGAGGAGGGGGAGGCUCUUUCUCCAGCUAUCUCUGAAUUAAGAAGCACACCCUCUCAAACGCGCACCUACGACUGGGACCCUGCGCAAGCGUUCGCGUCCUCUGCCCCCUCCACAUCACCACCCCAGCCUUACAUGUCCUCUCCCGGUGGGGCCCUGAUGGGGCUGAGUGCGUCCCAUCAGGGCAGCUCUACCUGUCUGGAUCAUACCAGUAGCUGCGAUGACGGUGAUCUAGAAGCUGCUAAUGACGAGUACAGCUCACUAGAGCCUGUGUCUCCCCUCAAUGUACCUGUCAUCAAACACUUUAACUCUUCCUACUACAACCUGUCCGGCUCAGCAGAUCUUUACUCUAAACUUGGCUCCAGUCCAGCUCAGACAGGUUCCAAUCUUGGAUCCAGUCCUAGACUUAGGAUGAACCCGUUUGGGGAGCCCGAACAACGUCAAGGAUCCAACGUCAGUUCAGUUUCUGGCUCCAGCAAGGAUCUGAGUGACACGAGUAGUUGUGAUGAUUACAACACGUGCAUGGAGGAGUCUAGACUGGAGGACAACACGUGUAUUGGGGAGGAGGACAAGCAGGGAGCGCCAGAGAAAGGGAAUCUCUUCGAAGGGCUGAUCAUCUCACCUUCUAACUUGACUUUGAAUCUGAGUGCAAACCCGGACAAUGAGAUGGAAUCUCUCUCAGACUAUGACACUCCUGCUCCAACACCUUAUUCUUCCGUCUUCACUUCUCCUCAUCUCGAACUGGAUAAUCCCGAUGGAGAAGAAAGAGGGGACUUUGCGUCCGCAUUGGAGGUAUCAGGAGAGUUUUCAGAGGCCACUAAAGCUAUUGAAGAGGUCGUGCCCACAUUGGAGGUAUCAGGAGAGUUUUCUGAAGCUACUGAAGCUAUUGAAGAGGACGUGAUUUCAGAGAAAGACAUGAUGAGGUCAUCAAGAGACAUGGGCUAUGUAGAGAGUGACUCGGCCGAUUUGGCCGAGUUGGGUGUGGAAACGUUUGUUGUAGAUCGGCCCGAUUAUGAUGACAUUAUUUUUGCGGGUGGAACUAGCCCAGAAGUAGGUGAAGCCUGUCCUGGAUCUAGCGUGGAAGUUUCAAGUACUGAUCUGAUUUCACAAAACUAUGAUAACCCCCACACAAGUGAUAAAGAAGGGGCAUCAAACAGCGGGUACAAGACAAAAGGUAGCCCAGGUCCAGCUGAAACGCCGGACUUUAUCUCCAACAGUCCCAUGUUAUCGCGAACUAGGAGUCCACUUCUAUCCGACGAUAGUCCUGUUUUAGCUAGAGACAGUCCUGUUUUAGCUAGAGACAGUCCUGUUUUAGCUAGGGACAGUCCUUUAUCAGCCACAGAUAUUUCCGUUUUAGCGGGAGACAGCCCUCGCCUUGGUAGAAGUAGAGACAGCCCUGUUUUUGCUAGAGACAGCCCAGUUUCUCCCGGAAGUGAUCGGAUUGUCACUACAGAUAGUCCUGUAUCACCUGGGCUAACAGACCACACUUCUAGUGGUGAUGAGUGUAUUGCGCGGCUCAACAAGAUCCAGUCUCUGUCGUUCAGCAGAGACACAGAUCUGGGAGAUCUGUACGACAGUGAGGACAGUGAGGACGCCAGUGAAGGGAUAUCUUUCAGCAACAGCAAACUCCAGUUUUAGUUUCCUUAGAAACAGCAAACUCCAGUUUUAGUUUCCUUAGAAACAGCAAACUCCAGUUUUAGUUUCCUUAGCAACAGCAAAC